AGCAGAGUACACGCCCGUAGCAACAACAACAAACAUCAGCAGCGUCCUGUCGGAGGAGAAACGAUGAAGCUGUACAGAUAUUAGAAAACAUUUAACAGAAAUUACUUCCAGAAUUAACUUACUUUAAUAAAAGGGCAACGAUGCAGGCGGAGGACACCAGAUAUUUAAAACGACAAUAUAAGGGUCGCAGUUUAGAUGUCCACCCGACAGAAAAAGCCCUGGUUGUCCACUAUGAAGUGGAAGCAACAAUACUGGGAGAAAAGGGAGACCCAAUGCUCGGAGAACGCAAAGAAUGUCAGAAAAUAAUUCGUCUGAAAAGCUUGAACUUCAACACAGACAUUGCGUCUUUAGCACGGAAGGUAGUGGAAGAAUGCAGACUCAUUUCCCCUUCUAGACUUCCUGAGGUGGAACAGUUAUUGUUCUACCUGCAGAAUCGCAAGAAACCUGCUGAAAAUAAAGAGAAGAAACAGAUCAAACCAAGAGAUCUGAAUCCCUUUGAAGGGAUUGAGUUGGAUGAGGAGGCCAACAUUAAUAGCAUAGAUGAAUAUGUAGAGUUUCUGUAUGAGGAAAUCCCGGAGAAGAUCAGAGGAGCUACACUCAUCCUCCACUUAGCCCGUAACCCUGACAACCUGGAAGAGUUGCUGCAGAACGAGACUGCUCUCGUAGCGCUGGCUCGAGUCCUGAGAGAAGACUGGAAGCAGAGCGUCGAUUUGGCAACCACCAUCAUCUACGUCUUCUUCUGCUUCUCAAGUUUCUCCCAGUUCCACGGCCUCAUCACGCACUACAAGAUUGGAGCGCUGUGCAUGAAUAUAAUUGAGCAUGAGCUGAAGAGAUAUGACCUGUGGCAGGACGAACUGCAGAAGAAGGCGGCGGCUGGGGAUGAUGACCCGGACAAUCAGAACCUGAAGAAAGACUAUGAGAAAGCUCUGAAAAAGUACCAUGGACUUCUGGCCAAACAGGAACAACUUUUGAGAGUGGCUCUGUACCUGCUACUAAAUCUGUCCGAGGACACCCGCACAGAGCUGAAGAUGAGGAACAAGAACAUCGUCCACCUGCUUGUGAAAACAUUGGACAGAGACGGUGAAGAACUGCUGGUGUUGGUCGUGUCCUUCCUUAAGAAACUCAGCAUUUUCUUAGAGAAUAAGAAUGACAUGGCUGAGACAGACACAGUAGAGAAGCUGGCCAAACUGGUGCCGUGUGAACAUGAGGAUCUCCUGAACGUCACCCUGCGUCUCCUCCUCAAUCUCUCCUUCGACACCAUCCUCCGCAGCAAGAUGGUGCAGGUGGGCCUUCUGCCCAAACUCACCUCACUGCUCGGAGACGAAGCGCAGAGACAGAUCGCCAUGUGCAUUCUGUACCACAUCAGCAUGGACGACCGUUUUAAGUCCAUGUUUGCCUACACCGACUGCAUUCCACAGGUCAUGAAGAUGUUGUUUGAUUGUGGAGAGGAGAGGAUUGAUGCAGAACUAAUUUCCUUCUGCAUCAAUCUGGCUGCCAACAAGAGGAACGCCCAGAUCAUGUGUGAAGGUAACGGUCUGAAAAUGCUGAUGAAGAGAGCACUGAAGCUCAAGGACCCUCUAAUGAUGAAGAUGAUCCGAAAUAUAUCUCAGCAUGAUGGAGCGUCUAAGAAUCUGUUCAUUGACUAUGUUGGAGACCUGGCUGCUCAGAUCGGACAGAAGGAAGAGGAGGAGUUUGUGAUUGAAUGCUUGGGCACUCUUUCCAAUCUUACAAUUCCUGAUCUGGACUGGGAACUGGUGCUCAAGGAGUAUAACCUGGUGCCUUAUCUUAAAGACCACCUCAAACCAGGCUGUGCGGAGGAUGACCUAAUCCUGGAGGUGGUCAUUAUGAUCGGCACCGUCUCCAUGGAUGACUCCUGUGCCAUAAUGUUGGCCAAAUCAGGCAUCAUUCCAGCCUUAAUAGAACUACUGAAUGCCCAGCAAGAGGACGACGAGUUCGUCUGUCAGAUUGUAUACGUCUUCUAUCAGAUGGUGUUUCACCAGGCCACUCGAGACGUGAUUAUAAAAGAAACACAGGCUCCAGCGUACCUCAUUGACCUGAUGCACGACAAGAAUGCUGAAAUCCGCAAAGUGUGUGAUAACACGUUGGAUAUUAUCGCUGAAUAUGAUGUGGAGUGGGGCAAAAAGAUUCAGAGCGAGAAGUUUCGCUGGCAUAACUCUCAGUGGCUGGAGAUGGUGGAGAACCGGGAGAUGGAUGAGGCAGAACCGUUUAUGUACGGAGAUGAUGGAGAACCUUUCCUCCAAAAUGGGGACAUUCUGGAACGGCCAGACCUCUUCUACAGCGCAGAUGGAAUAAUCCCAGCAGAUGGUGCCAUUAGUCCAGAGUUCUUCACAGACUAUCAGAACGGAGACCUGUUAGGACCACAGGGGUUCCACAGCAGUUCUUUGACAGAAGCAUAUGGACAGACAGGAGUGACUCCAGCACGUCCUACCACAGCUUAUGGCUUCCGGCCGGAUGAGCAGUUUUAUUACGGUUACACUGCAUCUCGGUAA